AUGGCGGCUACACUUGUCACAUCCGACAGCCAAGUCGACGUUGCGCAAUCUUCCGCAAGCACGCGUCAGAACGGCGAGGAGUCAGCGGUCGACACCAACGGCGGAGACGAAGCCGACGACCCAGAGCAAGAACGAAGGAACAGCAUAGUCCAGUCUCUCGCGAGAGCCUAUACCUCUCAGAGUCACGCUUCCGGCGGGACAUACCCGCCUGGCAGCGUGUUUCUGGCACAGCAAGACCCCGACUCUCCUCUGAACCCUCAAAGCCCCAAGUUCAAGGCUAGAGCUUGGGCAAAGGAAAUCGUCAGGAUGAUGGCCGGCAACGGCUCUUCGUUCCGGACAAGUGGUAUCUGCUAUCAGAAUCUGAACGUCUUUGGAUUCGGCACCGGCAUGGACUACCAGAAGGACGUUGCCAACGUGUGGCUCGAGGUUGCUGGCCUCGCACGCAAGGUGUUUGGAUACGGCAAGAACCGCAUCGACAUCCUGCGUAACUUCGACGGCGUGCUCAACAAUGGAGAGAUGCUUGUCGUCUUGGGUCCUCCAGGAUCCGGUUGCAGCACCUUUCUCAAGGCCGUUUCCGGCGAGACGAACGGUAUCUACGUCGACGACCAGGCCUACCUGAACUACCAAGGCUUAGGUCCUAAGGAGAUGUUCACAGCACAUCGAGGCGAAGCAAUCUAUACAGCUGAAGUGGAUGUCCAUUUCCCCAUGCUGACGGUGGGUGAAACGCUCACCUUUGCCUCACGCGCUCGUCUACCGCGACAAUUGCCCGAAGGGGUGACAGCGUCAACCUAUACCGACCACCUGAGAGAUGUGGUGAUGGCCAUGUUUGGCAUUAGCCAUACAAAGGACACAAGAGUCGGAAAUGAGUACGUCAGGGGUGUAUCUGGCGGGGAGAGGAAGCGAGUCACCCUCUCCGAAGCUGCCCUUUCCGGUGCGCCAUUGCAAUGUUGGGACAACUCUACUCGAGGGUUGGACAGUGCAAACGCUAUUGAGUUCUGCAAGACUCUCCGGCUCCAGACAGAGCUGUUCCGCACUACCUGUGCCGUCUCUAUCUACCAGGCGCCCCAGGCUGCGUAUGAUCUCUUCGACAAGGUUGUCGUCAUCUACGAAGGCCGGCAGAUCUUUUUUGGCCCAAUAGACACGGCAAAACAGUACUUUAUCGAUUUGGGCUAUGAAUGCGCGACCCGCCAGACAACGCCCGACUUCCUCACUUCGAUAUCAAGUCCCAAGGAACGCAUCGUGCGACCCGGCUUUGAGAACAGGGCCCCUAGGACUCCGGACGAGUUCGCGACGGCGUGGAGGAUGAGUGACCACUACAAGGCGUUGCAGUCGGAAAUCGAGCACUACAAAACCGCACACCCCAUCGACGGGCCCGACGCAGAGGCCUUCCGUGCUCACAAGCAGGCUCAGCAGGCCCAUGGGCAGCGCGCCAAGUCUCCGUUCAUGCUGUCAUAUGGCCAGCAGGUCCGUCUCUGCCUUUUGCGCGCGUGGUGGCGUCUCGCCGGUGACCCGUCUGUCACCGUGGGGCAGCUCAUCGGCAACGUCAUCAUGGGAUUGAUUAUAGCUUCCGUCUUCUACGACCUAGAACCCACGACAGACAGCUUCUACCAGCGCGGUGCUCUCGUGUUCUUCGCCGUUCUCAUGAACGCAUUCAGCUCGGCCUUGGAGAUCCUGACCUUGUACUCCCAACGAUCCAUUGUCGAAAAGCAUGACCGAUACGCAUUUUACCACCCUUCAGCUGAGGCCGUGGCAUCUGCCUUGAUGGAUAUGCCUUACAAGAUUCUCAACACGAUUCUGUUUUCUCUAGUUCUCUACUUCAUGACCAACCUUCGCCGCGAAUCUGGUGCAUUUUUCUACUUCCUAUUCGUGUCAUUCCUUACGGUUCUAGUCAUAUCGGGCAUCUUCCGGUCCAUUGCUUCAGCGUCUCGGACUCUGUCGCAAGCCAUGGUGCCUGCAGCGCUCCUGAUCCUAGGUCUUAUGAUGUACACUGGAUUUGUCAUCCCAAUCGACUAUAUGCUCGGGUGGUCUAGAUGGAUGAACUAUAUCGACCCUGUCGCCUAUGCUUUUGAGAGUCUCAUGAUUAACGAGUUUGCCGGUCGUGACUUUCUCUGCACGGCUUUCGUCCCUAACUCGGACGUUUCUGGGUAUCAAAACAUUUCUACCGAAAACCGUGCAUGCUCUUCUGUCGGAAGCAAACCCGGAAAGGAUGCUGUGGCUGGAACGGACUACAUCAUAUCCGGAUUUCAAUAUUAUCCCUCACACAAGUGGCGCAAUGUAGGAAUCAUCAUCGGAUUCGUCAUCUUCUUCAACGCCUUGUACGUGGUGCUGACCGAGAUCGUCCGCGCCAAGAAAUCCAAAGGUGAAGUUCUUGUCUUCCGCCGCGGUUACAAGCCCGCCCAGUUCAAAGAGGGGAAAAGUGAUGCCGAGGCUGGCUUCCAGAUCUCAACAGGCGCAAGGGCAAUUGCCGCGCAGUCAGAUGGAGAGAAAACUUCGGAUGAUGACGGUGGCUUUAUCACUGAGACGGUCAACGUUUUUCAUUGGAGGAAUGUCUGCUAUGAUGUCAAGAUCAAGAGUGAAACUCGCCGUAUCCUCGAUCAUGUUGACGGAUGGGUCAAGCCAGGCACGCUCACGGCCCUGAUGGGAGUAUCUGGGGCAGGGAAGACCACCCUCCUCGACUGCCUGGCUGACCGAGCUGCGGUGGGCGUCAUCACCGGCCAGAUGCUUGUCAAUGGAAAGCCACGUGAUGCUUCAUUCCAGCGGAAGACGGGGUAUGUGCAGCAACAAGAUCUACAUCUCGAAACAACAACCGUGCGGGAAGCCCUCAACUUCAGCGCCCUCCUACGUCAACCAGCGCACAUCCCGCGACAAGAAAAGCUCGCGUACGUGGACAAGGUAAUCGCCCUGCUCGAUAUGGAAGAGUACGCCGACGCUGUGGUUGGAGUGCCCGGUGUGGGCUUGAACGUGGAACAGCGAAAGAGAUUGACUAUUGGGGUGGAACUGGCUGCUAAGCCUCCCCUGUUGGUUUUCGUUGAUGAACCUACAUCUGGCCUCGACAGUCAGACGUCCUGGGCUAUCCUUGACCUUCUGGAAAAGCUCACCAAGAGCGGGCAGGCCGUCCUAUGCACCAUUCACCAGCCGUCCGCAAUGCUAUUUCAGCGAUUUGACCGAUUGCUUCUCCUGGCUAAAGGAGGGAAAACAGUUUACUUCGGAGACGUCGGCAAGAAUUCCGAGGUCAUGACAGCAUACUUUGAACGUCAUGGUGCCCCCGCCUGCCCUCCUGAUGCCAACCCUGCUGAAUGGAUGCUUGAAGCGAUCGGCGCAGCCCCUGGUUCCACUAGCGAGAUUGACUGGCAUACGACCUGGCUAGAGAGCUCUGAACAUGAGGCUGUUCUGGCCGAACUACGUCGCCUCGAAGAAGGCCUAACACUCGUACGGACCCAGACCCAGGACAAGGCCAGCUUUGACUCUGAAUUCGCCGCUCCCUUCUUUGAACAGCUCCGGGAAGUCACACAUCGAGUAUUCCAGCAGUACUGGCGUACGCCGUCCUACAUCUACUCCAAAGCUGCUCUUUGCAUCCUCAUCUCAGCCUUCAUCGGAUUCUCCUUUUUCAAUGCUCCAAAUACUCUACAGGGCUUACAGAACCAGACGUUUGCCGUUUUCAACCUCCUGACAAUCUUCGGUCAACUUGUACAGCAGACAAUGCCUUACUUCGUCGUCCAGCGUUCCCUAUACGAGGUUCGCGAGCGCCCGUCCAAGGUGUACUCAUGGAAGGUCUUCAUAUGCGGCCAAAUUAUCGUCGAAAUUCCCUGGAAUACCCUCAUGGCAGUCUUCAUGUUUGUCUACUUCUACUACCCGAUCGGGCUAGAUACAAACGCAGAGCCAUCAGAUCAGGUCACUGAGAGAGGUGCCCUGAUGUUCCUCCUCCUGUGGGCCUUCCUUAUGUUUACCUGCACCUUCACGGAUCUUAUCAUCGCUGGUUUCAACACUGCCGAGGCUGGCGCUAACGUCGCGAAUUUGCUCUUCAUGAUAUGUCUGAUGUUCUGUGGUAUUCUGGCGAACCCUGACUCUCUUCCCCGCUUCUGGAUCUUCAUGUAUCGGGUCUCGCCAUUCACCUAUAUGACAACAGCGAUGAUGUCUGUCGCCGUUGCGAACACCAACGUGGUGUGCGCCGACAACGAGCUUGUCAGGUUUGCACCCCGGACAGGCCAAACCUGCGGGGAGUAUCUAGACGAGUACAUCCGGAAGGCGGGCGGGUAUCUUCAAAACCCUGACGCAACUGAUACAUGUGCAUUCUGCACUGUCGGGGACACGAACAAAUAUCUCGCAGGCUCCAGGACUUUUUACAGCGAAAGAUGGAGAAACUUUGGUAUCUUUUUGGUAUACAUUGUCUUUAAUAUGGCGGGCGCUGUUUUCAUAUAUUGGUUAACUAGGGUGCCCAAGAAAGGUCUUGGUAAGAAGCGGCAAUAA